CAGGAGCCCUGCCCCGAAGCCCGUGUGACCUUGGGCCAGGCCUUCGGGCUCACCCUCCACAUUCGAUCGUCUGGAGAACACAGGGUCGGAUCUCUGAUUUCCGGCUGCCCCCGAGGCCCUGACGUUCGAGAUUUUAAGUCAGGUGGCAGGAGUGUGCUAACUUCGUUGGUGGAGGGAGCUGUGGCCAGAGCCUGCCGGCCGGGCCCUCGCUCGGUCCUGGGGUGUCCUGCUGAAGGGCGAGAGGAGAGCCAUGCCAGGCAGCGGCCCCAGCGAGAGGAUGACGUGGCCUGGUCCGGCCCUCCCCGCGGCCCCCCCAACGCGCCCUCUCUCCUCAGCCCCGGGGACACCGCCCAUCCCGCCCCUCACCCGGACCCGCAGCCUCAUGGCCAUGUCCCUGCCGGGCAGUAGACGGGCCUCUGCUGGAUCCCGCAGCGGGGGCCCUUUGGGCCGCAGCGGCCUGGCGGUGUUCGCCCAGUGUCCGCAGCUGCCCGCCAGCCAGAACGAGCACCUGCCUCUUCUCCCUGCCUCCAGGCGCACCUCUCCGCCAGUGAGCGUGCGGGACGCCUACGGCACCUCCUCUCUCAGCAGCAGCAGCAACUCGGGCUCCUGCAAGGGCAGCGACAGCAGCCCCACGCCCAGGCGCUCCAUGAAGUACACACUGUGCAGCGACAACCACGGCGUCAAGCCCCCCACCCCAGAGCAGUACCUGACCCCACUGCAGCAGAAGGAGGUGUGCAUCCGGCACCUGAAGGCGCGGCUGAAGGACACGCAGGACCGGCUCCAGGACCGGGACACGGAGAUCGAUGACCUGAAGACACAGCUGUCGCGCAUGCAGGAGGACUGGAUCGAGGAGGAGUGCCACCGCGUGGAGGCCCAGCUGGCCUUGAAGGAGGCCCGCAAGGAGAUCAAGCAGCUCAAGCAGGUCAUUGACACGGUCAAGAACAACCUCAUUGACAAGGACAAGGGGCUGCAGAAGUACUUCGUGGACAUCAACAUCCAGAACAAGAAGCUGGAGACGCUGCUGCACAGCAUGGAGGUGGCCCAGGACGGCAUGGCCAAGGAGGACGGCGCCGGGGAGUCGGCCGGCGGGUCCCCCGCCCGCUCCCUCACCCGCAGCUCCACCUACACCAAGCUGAGUGACCCGGCCGUGUGCGGGGACCGGCCCCCCGGCGAGCAGCCCGGGGCUUCGGGCGAGGACGGGGCUGACAGCGGCUUCGCGGUGACCGACGACACGCUGAGCCGGACGGACGCGCUGGAGGCCAGCAGCCUGCUGUCGUCGGGCGUGGACUGCGGCCCCGAGGAGGGCUCGCUGCACGGCGGCUUCAGCCUGGGCCCCCGCUUCCCUGCCAGCAACACCUACGAGAAGCUGCUGUGUGGCACGGAGGCCGGCGUGCAGGCCAGCUGCGUGCAGGAACGUGCCAUCCAGACAGACUUCGUGCAGUACCAGCCGGACCUGGACACCAUCCUGGAGAAAGUGACCAGGGCCCAGGUCUGCGGGGCGGUCCCCGAAUCGGGACACGGGUGCCCGGAGCCGGAGCCCCGCCCCCCGGGGCCCAAAGACCCCGACUCGGCCGUGGUGGUGACGGUGGGUGAUGAGCUCGAGGCCCCCGAGCCCAUCACCCGAGGGCCGAGCCCGCACCGGCCCGGUGCCGACCCCAGCCCGUCAGUGAGCGUGGCGUGCCCCGUGGAAGACGAGGAGGAGGUGGCCGCGGCCGAGAAGGAGCCCAAGAGCUACUGGAGCCGCCACUACAUCGUGGAUCUGCUGGCCGUCGUGGUGCCGGCCGUGCCCACGGUGGCCUGGCUGUGCCGCUCGCAGCGACGCCAGGGCCAGCCCAUUUACAACAUCAGCUCCCUGCUGCGGGGCUGCUGCACGGUGGCCUUGCACUCCAUCCGCAGGAUCAGCUGCCGCUCGCUGAGCCAGCAGGGCCCUGGCGGGCCGGGCGGCGGCUCCCAGCUGUGAGGGGUCCGCGUCCCCGCCAGCGGCUCCGGCGGCCCGACCACUGAUUGUAGGGGUGCCGCUCUCCCCCUCGCUCGUUCCCGGAGGGCAGCAUCUUACUUGUUUGGUCUCGGGUUUGGAAGUGGUUUUUUUUUUUUUUUUUUUUUUUUUUUUUCAGGAUGUGAACCGUGUCAGGGGGCUGAGAGUCGGGGUGGGGGGAAGGCGUCCCAAAACUUUGACGGGAGACAAGGGAAGAGAGACCGAAGGCAGGGAGGCACGCCGAUUGUACGAACUGCAGACAGAGGAGGUAGCGAGGUCCCCCCGGCCCAGCCCUGUCCUCCUGGACCUUCCCGCGGGGCGGCCCUGGCCCACAGUGUCUCUGGUGUGUUGAUCUGGGGAGGCUGGGCCUGAGACGCCUGGAGCCUCCCUGUCCCCCACCCCCACGUCCUGUCUGGUGGCCUCCCGCCCACGCCUUCUCUCUCAGGCCGCCCCUUGCCCUGGGUCCAGCCUCCUGGGCCAGCAUCAUCUCCUCACGCGGAGGCAGCCGCCUCCCAGAGUACAGGCAGCUGGCCCGGGACUCGGAGCCGUGUCUGCAGCCACCCGGUCUGGCGUCUUCAGGCCGCUCCUGGCGCUGGGAUUCAGAAGCGUCGUCCAGGCCGUGGGCACGGGCCAGAGGAAAGACCGCGACGGGCAGGAGGUGGCAGAGCGCAGCGUGGGUUCUCUGUGUUUGUUCGUCCUAGACCUUCCCUGGGAUCCGGUCCCCUCUCGGCGCAGAUCAUUCCUCCCACGACAGCCGAGCCACACAGGCCAGCGCCGGGGCCGGAGCGCACACCUGAGCCCAGCUCCCGUCCCGUCCCGAGCCUCUGCCAGCACUCGAGGAGGAGGCAGGGGCCAGCGGCUCCAGGGGGCUCCUCCAGCCUUCCGAGAUGAGGCCCCGCCACCGUGGGGACAGUCCUCAGCUGGUUUGAGAAGCCACAGGCCACGACCGCCCCUGGAGCUCACCCAGACUUGCUCUGGGGGCUUCAGGCCCAACUUCUGCUUUGCACUAUGUUCACUUUGGGGCUCGGUUCUCACGCACCCCAGCGUCUCCACUGAGGGGUUGUUUGCCUUCGAGGGCGAGGGUUCCUAAACUUUGACCUAUCUGCCUCUGGAAGGAAUUCCAGCAGGAUGGAUGGCAAGAUGGGAUACUGAAGCCAUGAUGUUCGUCCAGGCCAAAGCAGGGUGCCCUGGGAUGUCUCCCAGGCAGGGAUGGGGCGGGGCAAGCGGGGGUGCCCUGAGCCUCCCCACUCACAGCCUGAGGCCAGUUGGCCUGGGAGCUUCCCUGGCCUGCCCCCCUCCUUCCCUGGGACAUCUGGUCCCCCGGCAAAGCUGCUGACCUUUUACCACCACUGUUAUUUUACAAAGUAAACCGCUCCUUCUCCCUGGUGGGGCUUACACCCAUCUGGUCGCCCCUCCUUCAGAGGUUGGGCCCCGCAUUUGGGAGGGGUUGGUGGGACCCCCGUGUCUUACUCGUCCCUCCGGCCCAGGGGCCCCUCCGGUUCUCUGCCAAGGCUGCUUGCCCACCCCAGCUGCUCCGACAGCCGUUGCCUGACUUAUGGGCUCCGCCUUUCCUCUCUGCGCCCUCCACUCGGGGGCGGGGUGGGGGGGGGCACCUGCAUGCACUGGACGUGGGCAGCCAGCCCAACCAUGGGGGCGACAGCCCCCUCUGCCACAUGCUUUGUGCCUCCAAAGCUCCCCCCACCGGUUGGGGGCCUCAGACCAGCCAUCCUUUGUGGAGCACCCUUACCCCAGCCAAGCCACACCUGAACUCCUGGGGCCCAGCUGGGGCUGCCCCACAGACACUGGGGUCGUGACAUGGAGGGGCAGUGGACAAACCCAAUCCAAAGCCAAGCCGGGACUGGCCGUGGACCCAGCCUCCUGUGCCGUGUACUCACGAAGCUGCGUAGCGUCUCCUUAGAAACAGUCAAAGCUUUGCCGAGAAAAUAAAUGUAUGGCUAUAUUUGACAACAUAAAAUCUAUAUAUUUUUCACCACUGGAAUCUAGUCGAGCCGCGUAGCCCCUCUGCUCUCGUCUGUGUCUUGCUAUCUGUGGCCUUCCUGUCGUGUCUUGUGUUUUGGUGGACGUGG